UUGUCUUCCUCCUCCCUCGCGGCCUCGCCCAAGAAUCAAGAAUCCCCCGCGGCUCCCACCCCACGCCCAAGAACGCCGGCACACGCACUCGGCCUCCCGCAUCUCUUCUUGGUCUCCUUCCUUCGUCUCCCUCGCGGAAAGAAAUCAAGAAUCCCCGGCCGCUGCCACCCCACGCCCAAGAACCAAGACUCGACGGUCGCCAGGGUGUAUUACGAUUUCUUGCGCAAGGCGUGGUGCUCGUGCUCGACGCCGAGGCAAGGGCGAUGGGGUUCGACUGCGUGGACAACGACAGCUGGAUCUUCUCGCCCGCACUGUGGGGCGACGUCGACGAGGCCUCGGUGAGGAAGGCUUUCGACGGGCCCAGCGACGGCCGUCUCUCCAUCACCGCGGUGCGUCGCUGCUACCACCGCGACGCGCGCGCCGUCAGGUUUCUGGAUAGCACGAAGGGGCGGGGCGCGUGGGCCUUCGGCUGGUACGGCGCGGCGGCGCACCACGUCCAGGUCGCGGCCGACGGCGGCGACCUGACGGUGAACUGGCCGCUGCUCGGUGCUGUUCGCGCGCACGAGCGCGGCAUACACUUGUCCGUCCAGGGAAAGCCGAUGCCAAGUGUCGAGCUUUCGGUGGCGAGCAUGAACGAUCAGCAGACCGCCCACCUCCUGUUCUGCGUGCUGUCGCCUGGCUUUCCGGAGAUCAUCGAUGCCGGGUCCCCACAAUCUCAGGCCAGCAGCCCCCUCUUCCGUUCAGGCACUGAUGCCAUGGAGAAUCCCACGUGGCAUGUCAUCUGGGAGAGCUCAGCAGGAACACAAAUACUUCCACUGUACAUGGUCAGUUUCAGGCCUACCCAACGUUACAAGAGGACAGGGUCCCCGCAUGAGGAGGCUUCAAUUCAGAAGAAAGUAAGGUUAAGCGUGUAGAUAGAUACAGAGGGCUCUGCAAGAGUGGCGUUACAGGAAGUGAAGAAAGCAGCUUUGGUGUGUGUUCCGCAGUUACAAAUGAGCCAACAUCAUAUCUGAAGAACGACUUCUUGUCGAAAUUCUGAGUGUGUUUGGUUUACUGAACAGUUGCUGUAGAUUUUUUGUUUCUACUAUGGAUUGCAAUUAAGGUUCUGCAGUUUUACUUCUGUGAAGUUGGCCCUUUGCUUUAUUGACAACAUGAAGCCUUACUGGUAAAA